UUGAAUCCUUUAUAAAGCAGGCUGGCAAACCAGAGCCAGUACUUCUGUAUUGCCUGGUAUCUUGUCAGCUACCUUUCCUUCACCUGCUUGAGAAAACCAAAAAAGGUGAGCAGCCAGCUAGAGAUCAGACAGCAGAAUCUCCUCUGCAGAGUAGAUCCAACCGUUCAACAUGAGUAUGACUGACUUUCUAAGCCCUUCUGAUAUUGCUGCUGCCCUGCGGGACUGCCAAGCUCCAGAUUCCUUCAGUCACAAAAAAUUCUUUCAGAUAAGCGGGAUGUCCAAAAAGAGUAGCAGCCAGCUCAAGGAAAUCUUCCGGGUCCUAGAUAAUGAUCAAAGUGGCUUUAUUGAGGAAGAUGAGCUCAAGUAUUUCCUCCAGAGGUUUGAGUCUGGAGCCAGAGUGUUAACUGCCUCAGAAACCAAGACUUUUCUGGCAGCUGCAGAUCACGAUGGGGAUGGCAAAAUUGGGACUGAAGAAUUCCAGGAAAUGGUGCUGUCCUAAGGGCAACAGAGAAAGGCAGAGGAGAUGAAUCUACUAGAGAUACUAAAAAAACCUUUCAAUUCAGGGAGUCCCUUGUUUAUUUAUUCAUCUUUAUAGUGUCUGUUGUUUGUUUAUUGUUUAUC